AUGGAGAUCAAUAAAGAGGUUGCAUCUUCACACAGCUUUAAUUCUACCUUGUACAAGGUACCUGAGAAUCAGCCUUAUAGAACUUGGUACCACUUUCAACCCCCACAAUAUUGGAUGAAUGAUCCAAAUGUGUUGAUAUACAUGUGGCAGCACCAAUGUACUACAAAGGAGUUUAUCACUUUUUCUACCAACACAAUCCUGAUGCAGCAACCUUCGGUGAGAAAAUGGUGUGGGCUCACUCUGUCCUAUGAUCUCAUCAACUGGAUUCAUCUGAAUCAUGCCAUUAAGCCGAGUGAGCCCUUUGACAUUAGCAGUUGUUGGUCAGGCUCAGCCACUAUAAUCCCAGGAAAAGAACAACCUGUUAUUUUAUACACAGGAAUUGAUGAUAAAAAACACCAAGUUCAGAACAUAGCUAUGCCAAAGAAUCUAUCAGAUCCCUUCUUAAGGGAAUGGGUGAAACACCCUCAAAACCCUGUCAUGACUCCACCAAGUGGAGUUGAAGUUAAUAAUUUCAGAGACCCUUCAACUGCUUGGCAGGGAAAGGAUGGAAAAUGGAGGGUAGUCAUUGGUGCUCAAAAUGGUGAUGAAGGGAAGGCGGUUCUUUACCAAAGUGAGGAUUUUGCUAAUUGGACUGUGGAAUUGAAUCCUUUUUUUGCGUCAGAUAAUACUGGAGUUUGUGAGUGUCCAGAUUUUUUUCCUGUGUCCAUCAAUAGCAAAAAUGGGGUGGAUACAUCUGUCCAAAAUCAAAGUGUUAGACAUGUCUUGAAGAUAAGCUAUCUACGCAGACAUCAGGAUUAUUAUUUUCUUGGUAAAUACGCCUAUGAUGAAGGAAACUUUAUUCCUGAUGUUAAAUUCAAAGGAACUAGUGUGGACUUAAGGUUUGACUAUGGUAAAUUUUAUGCCUCAAAGUCAUUUUUUGACCAUGAUAAGAAGAGAAGGAUAUUAUGGGGGUGGGUGAACGAGUGUGACACUAAAGAUGAUGACAUUGAAAAAGGAUGGGCUGGUCUUCAGUGUAUUCCAAGGGAAGUUUGGUUUGAUGAAAGUGGGAACCGGUUGAUGCAAUGGCCAAUUGAAGAGGUAGAAAAACUACAUGAUAAACAAAUUAGCAUAACUGGAGAGAAACUGUUUGGUGGAUCAGUUCUUGAAAUUUCAGGUAUCACUGCAUCACAGGCUGAUGUGGAAGUAUUGUUUGAGCUUCCGGAACUAGAGAAUGCAGAGUGGCUAGAUGAAAGUGAAGUUGAUCCACACUUGCUGUGUAGUAAAGAAUAUGUAUCAAGAAGUGGCAUAAUAGGGCCAUUUGGUUUAUUAGCUUUAGCAUCUGAGGACCAAACAGAACAGACUGCAAUCUUCUUCAGAAUAUAUAAAACUUCCAACAGAUAUUUAUGUUUCAUGAGCAGUGACCAGAGCAG